GUGAAGGGAGGAGAGUAACUGCAAGAAGGACAUCAACAGGUGCGACGAGUUAGCAAAGGCGAUGGAUGAUGUUGACAAGAGAGAGGAUGAGAUUGAGCUGGAGCUAGGGCUUUCUCUCGGCGGGAAUUGCAAUACCCGGGUGCAAAAAUUCAUUUCGGUUCAGAAGGAGGCCCACGAGCGGAAAUCCAUACCUAAGUCAGCUGAUUUGGGUUUUGGGGUUCAAGCUUGCACGAGAUUUGGAGAGUUGUCGGGUUUUACGGGUGAGAAUUCUGAGCAGGACAUGGAUCCCAAGAUGAAGCGCGAAAUUCAGGCAAUGAGGAGGCAGGAAGCAAAGAAGAAGAGGGGUGACAAGCAGUUGAAGAUGGCGCUUUCCAAGGGGAAGCUCACCGCCGCUAUCGGAUGUUCCUAUCCGGCGAAUGCUGUUUAUUUGAACGGAGUAUCUCACCACGAUCCGGAGGAGCAUGAAUGCAAGAGGAGCAAGAGCGUCAAUUUCAGUGUCGAGCGGUUGGCGUCUACACCACCUACCUUGCAACGACUCUCGGGCCUGACUUCUCUACAAUUCAGUGUGCCAGCUCACGGGGUUGGGCGAACCGAAAGCAGAGCAGUUCCCUGUUGGUUUGUCGGUGGCGGGUUUGAGAGGAAUCUAAUUCGACAAGUGGCGUGCUAUGAUUUUGAGGCGCCGUUCCAUGUGUGUGUUGAACCUUGUCAGGGAGUAACAAACGUGCAUGAUUCGGAGCAGCACGGUGACGAAGGCGGGUCGAAUGAGUCACAUGUAUGUACCUCCUCCAUAGUUUUGGAUUACCGGAGUUCUUCUCAUGAAGGACGUGGUGGUAGCAGUGAAAGUAUAAGCCAUUCAAUGCAAUCAAUCCUCGAACAACCGCAAUUCAAUGGUACUGGGAGCAGCCGCAUCAAGAGCCAGUCAGAACACACAGCUACGUCCGAUCUCAUUGAAUCCGCUAGCGAAGAAACAAACUGCAUAGAAGCGAUCAAAGCACCAUCGAAUGAUGCUCAACCUGACAAUCCUCACAAACAAAAGGAAGAGUCAAGAUUUGACAUAGAUGGGAUGAAUACAUCAAGUGUGCUGAAUAUAGAGACUAGUUUAUCAAAGAGGAGCAACCAACAAGUAGGUUGCAAUCUUCCCAAAAGCUCAAACCAACAUGAGAAAGAUGUGCACCCGACCUUGCCCUACAUGCCAUGCGUAUCGGCGACAGGAAAUGGGCCGAAUGGGAAAACCGUGCAUGGAUUUCUCUACAAGUACACGAAAGGGGAGGUGAGCAUCAUUUGUGUCUGCCAUGGAAGCUCCUUCUCUCCAAUGGAGUUUGUGCAGCAUGCUGGAGGCAUAGAUGUUUCUCACCCUCUGAAGCAUAUCACGGUAGUCCCACCUACAAUUUGAUGUGUUGGCAUAACAAUGAGGAGUAACUUCGUUUCACUUUCUUGACUCCUUUUUUCCUUCUCUCGAGCCAAAUAUUUAGCAAGGAUGAGAGGGAGAUGACUUCUACAUGUACAUUAUAUCUUUGGAUUGUUGGGGAAUCUUCUCGUGGAACAGUUGGAGGAGAUUCAAUUUGCUUUGUUUUUGUUUCUCUUAGUAAACUAUCUAACCGUAUCAACAAUUAGGUCUAAAGGGUUCUGCAUUCAAGCUUGAAGGUAAACACAUCUCAUUUCCUUGUACAUCAAUAGUAUGUAUAAUUGUACAUAGGUGGCGAGGUAAGUUCAACAUGUUGUAUUUAUAAAUAUAUGUAGACUACAUUCAUAAAUGCCAAGUCACUUAGGACUAUGACUAGAAAUGACGGUCGUAUUCGAUCGAGCAGUGUGAUGCCUUAGUGGAGAAAUCCAUAGGGUCCUUGCCGCUCAUUAGUUUGGGUAAAUGCUUCGAUGCAAGGUGAGAUCUAACGAAAUAAAAAUCGAC